AUGGACCGCAACGUCCUAGAUGCCAGAGAUGUAAACGAAAGAAAAUCAGGUGCUCUGGAUUGUACCCCUGCAGAACUUGUACCGAGCGAUCAGAAGCAUGUGUCUACGAGAAUACUGGACGAAGAGUCACAGUAUCGGAAAGGCAGGGCCACUCUUCACCAGCAAUGGGCCGCUCUGAUCGGUCUUACCUCUAGGCUCGCUGCUUAUGAGCGGCAGGCCGUUCCUCAACCCGAAACUCAGACGGCUUUGGGCACCCCUCCAAAUGUCCAAGCUGGAUUGAGUUCUUGGGGGGUUGCAUCCGAUCGUGAGGGUAUCGCCGUACCGCAGUCAAAUACGGGCGUCAGUCGUCUGGCGCUGACAGAAGAUGUGGUGCCGCCGGUCCAAAACCCCUUGACUUCGUCCCAGUCUUUCUUCCUGGUGGACUCAUCAGGGAAAGAGCGCUAUCUAGGAUCUUCGUCCUCAUGGGCAUUUAGCUGGCAGAUCCGAAGCUUCCUGCGUCAAACCGUGGGCGACGAGGUUGUGAUCAACCUCAUCCCCUCUUCGGAGGAGGCCACCUACGCAAUGGGCUCCGCCUCAGUGCGCAAUUCACUGUCGCUGAACGCCAACGACAUCCCAACCCGUGACUACGCAGAAUUCUUGACGAACACGACGCUUUUUCAUCUAGGUCCAACGUAUCACCUGUUCGAAAAGGAGAGCUUUAUGCAUAAACUCGAUACCUUCUACAAGAAUGGCUCGACGGCCGAAGCUCUUGUCGACUUGUGGCACGUGCAAUUCCUCGUGGUGAUUGCUUUCGGAAAGCUCUUCCUUCGUCGAGGAGCGUCUUCACUUGGGCCACCAGGAGCCAGCGAUGUCAUUCGCGCCCUACAGCUGUUACCCGGCAUUUUGGACUCGUGGGAAGAUCCUGUUCUAUACGUGGAGGUGUUAUGUCUUCUUUCGCUCUAUCUGCUAACUGCAGACAUACGUGGCUCUGCCUAUGUAAUGAUUGGCCAAGCGUUGCGAAUCGCCCUCUCACUUGGCAUGAAUCGGGAGGCGCCUCCUGGAACCCUAACACGCACCGACUACGAACGCAGAAGACGGCUUUGGUGGACACUUUAUAUCAUUGAUCGAAAGCUUUCCAUCAACAUGGGAGCCCCCCUGAGCAUCACGGAGAAAGACUUUGACAUCUCACUACCAGGCCAGGAGGAUCUUGGGUUUUCAAAUGCUGCGCUCCUCCUCCACGUUAAAUUGGCUGACUUGGAAGGAAAGGUCAUGUCGGCUGCGUUCGGAAUCAACAGCAGACUCGACAGAUCUUUUAUGACCACUAUUCGCGAAGUCUUCCAUUCGAUGACGAAAAUUGCCGAAGAUUUCACCGGUGACUUUGGACUGGACCUCAAUGCCGGCCGGGUCUCUCGAGUCGCGGCAACUUUACAAAUCAUGUAUUAUCAGUGUACUAUUAUGACAACCCGGCCAAUUCUGUUCGUCCUUGCAAAGCAGAGACUCGCACCGAUCCUGAAUGGAUUACCUAUCGUCAAAACCCUGUCAGAAGCUGUCUUGGCGCUGCUGAAGACUUGCGUCGGCGCCGCGACGACUGCCAUCAAGAUUUUAUCUGUUCUCCAUGAGCGAGACCUUAUUGAGCCAUUUUUCCCCCUCGAUUUGCAAUCAGUGUUUUCCGCGGGGUUUAUCCUUACCUUGACAACCAUAGCAUAUCCAAGUAUGGCGAUCGAUGAUAGAUACAUCGCGCAGUCAGAAGAAAUACUGGAUUGGAUGUGUUCCAAAGGCAACGUGCCAGCCGGAAGUCGAAGGGACGAGCUCAGAGAGCUUCGAGAAGCGGCUCGGGUGAUCAAUACGAAAUCCAACUCAUCGUGUUUUGGGGCAAGUCCGCCCAACAGCAACCAGCAGCUUGAUCAGCUAUGGAACACCCUGGACAUUCAAACAAGCCAAGACCAGUCGGACGUCUCACUUUCUUUGUUUGAUGGGAUGGGCUCCGAUUUCACCCGGGAUUGGAUCCCGGACGACGUGAUGCAACAGGAUUGGUUCUGGGCCGCUCCUGGAUCUCAAGCAGACGCACCUGCACCUUCGUUCUCGGGUAUCCCGUAG